AGACGUUAUUAAACCGAGAUUGUGACAAUACUGUGCAGUGUGAAGGCUACGUAGUAAGCGGAGAACAGGGAAGACAGGGAUGGUGGGGAGCACGGACAGCACCCCUCUCAUGACUGUCCUUCUGACUCUGGUUGUGACCGGUGUGACAGGGGCAGGGAUGUUCUCAUCGUGCCCCCAUACCCCCGGGAUGAAGUCUGUCUACGAGCACUCGGUGCUCAGCCUAGAUGAAGCCCGUAACAUCAGUCUAUCGGAGUAUAGCGGUCGAGUAUUACUGCUCGUCAACGUGGCGACAUGCUUCACCCCUCAGUAUUAUCAACUGAAUGCACUCACUGACACUCACCCAGACGAUGACUUCGCCAUCGUGGCUUUCCCUUGUAACCAGUUCGCACAUCAGGAACCCGGCGAGAACCGGACAGAAAUCCUGAAUGGUCUCAGAUAUGUAAGACCCGGGAAAGGUUUCAUACCCGGCUUUGAUAUCAUGAUGAAGAUCGAAGUCAACGGCCCAAAGGAAGAUCCAUUCUACACUUAUAUAAAGACUUCCUGUCCCUCUCCGACCGCCACAACCUAUGACAGGGGAGAAUCUUUCUGGACGCCCAUCAAGGUCAAUGACAUCUCGUGGAACUUCGAGAAGAUUCUCGUGGACAGAACGGGACGGCCUCGCUUUAGAUUUCUGCCGGAUGUUGAACCAAAUGACAUCCAAGACAUGAUUAACGUCCUGCUGGCACAACCCAGCCCUGCCAGAGAAGCAGAACUUCUAUCUAACGCAUUAAAAACCCUUGACAGCGUACUCAAAGACAGAACAGCUUCCAAACAUGGCGCAUCGGAACCAUAGCCAACGAAAGAUACCCACAAAGCAGUUGAAUAUAUCUAUGGAAGAUAUCUGCGAAUUUAGGAACAUAUGUCACACAUUCGAUCAAUAGUCAUGCCUGUUGAGAUUUCUUCACUGCCUGGACAGCAUGAAGUCAAUAAACUCAAAUUGUAGGCCUAUAUAUACAUGUACCAGAGCAGAAAACAAAAUGUUGAACACUGUUACAUAAUAGUGCAUGGUAUCAUAAUGACCCUUUCAUUCCUGCGAGAUAUGAAGAUGUGAUAAACUCCACCACUUGGCCAAAAAUGACGAAUCCUUUAAAACCAUGGAGAAAAUGGAUUAAGGAUUUUGACGAUCCCGACUUCUGAUUGGCUCCGUGCAUUCAGCCAAUCACUGGUUGGAGAAGAUCCACGUUGUGGUGGAGUUUAUUCAUGGCAGAUAUCACAUGAAGGUCAAGGGUCAUUUUGGCACCAGUGCACCCCAAGUCACACAUAUACUGUCAAGUAAAGACGCCUGAGUCACAUGAUUUAUGUUAUCACAUGUACAUUCGUGUCACUUAAUUUUGUCCUCAACUGGAAAUUGAAUUUCAAGCUAUGAAUGUGAAAUAAAGUGAGUGACUGUGAAGUUUACGAUAGCAUCACUCCAUGUCUCGUGAAAAAGUUGUGCGAAAUGCCCAAGUGAUGUAACAAGUAUUAUGAAGUAAAAAUCAUCCAAGAAAUUCUUUUCUUAGCUGACGAACUCA